UGCUGAGGGAGGGGACGGUGCUGACGGCAGGGAGGACGAAAGGCGAAAGAAAGCGUUUUGGAAGAUUAAGAGAGAGGGGAACGGCCCUGGUUUCCACCGUUCGUCGGGAAAUAAACACCUCGUGUUUCAAUAGCUGCUGUAUUUGUCACCGAAUCGGCGCCGAAAAAUGUCGACCAGUCGUCAGCUUAGCGAGAGCAGGGCCAUCCCGACCAGGACGGUGUUGAUCAACGACACAACGCAGCUACCUCAUGACUAUUGCACCACCCCUGGAGGCACUUUAUUCUCUACCACUCCUGGAGGAACUCGGAUCAUCUACGACCGAAAGUUUCUCCUGGACAGGCGUAACUCUCCCAUAGCCCAGACUCCACCAGCACACCUUCCUGUCAUCCCCGGAGUGACCAGCCAAGUCCUUAGUGAGAACCAGAAGAAUGAAGCCAACAAACACAUCAAAAACCAUGAUGGCAAGCCCGCAACCGGUGAAGAUGCUCAGUUUGAAAUGGACAUCUAACUGACUGGACCCGCAACAGCAAAAGCAGAUGACCUGGCACCACCCGUGUGCCAGUGGCUUGGCUUGUAGAAACCAAUGUUGUGAGCCCUCAUGGCAGCCAUUGUCUUCUUUAGCUCUCUGUCUCACUACUGGAUGUAACAUGUGUAACCCACAGGGACUCAAUAUAUCAUACCAGGUAUGGUGGGGUCCACUCUGGAAAGCUAUGUCCACUGAAAUAGAUUUCCAUAGUGACCAUAACGCUGUACAGAUCAACUACUACGCAACAAAGGCAGGUCUGAAUCUGACAAACUCCAAAUUCAUUGUCCACUGUGUAGACAGCAGUGUUCAUUUUACAGCUGUCUGAAUCAGAAUCAAAACAGCACACUGUCAAAUGGUUAAUAAUUCACUUUUUAAUUUAAUGGGAGAAAGAGGUGACUUUUAUAACUGGCCUUAUAUUCACUCAAAAGCUCACACGCCUGGGUUUAAAAGGCUAUUGUUAGCAUGCUAUUUAAAUGAUAUAUUUUUUUGGAUUUACUUGAAGAGCUCCACCGUCUUCUGUCAGUUUAAUUUAAUUUGAUGAGACCUAAAGGGAACUUGUUUUAUUUUCCAAUGUGAUGAAAAAGUUUUACACCAUUCCAAGAUUGUUAACACAUGACAUAAUUUACACAAGAAUGUUAAAAAAAAUCAGGGGGGAAAUAUCUUUCUGCUACUAUUGUUUUUUCUGAUCUGCAGAUGAUUGUAUUCGCUACUAUUAGUUGGGGCUGUUUUUAAAUUGAAAUGCAACUGCGAACAAGCUUUUUAACAGAUUUACAUAAUGGUUGAUUUUACAAAUGUCAAACCAACGCUGUUGUGAUCUUGCAAAUUAUUCUACAUAUGUUUUGCUCCUGCCAAGACAACAACACAUCUUGAAAUUCUAUCUUUAGUUAAUCAAAAAUUGGGUUCUGCCAAGCAUUUUUGAGCACAUCACCAAAUCUAUCUAAGGCAAGAAAGUAAUUCUUGGUGUUUCUCUUCUACAUCUAGAUAAGCGAUUAUCGGCUCAUGUCCUGAAAUACAAGAAAAUCAUUGGAAACACUAAAAAAAAAAACCCUGAUAUUCUUUAUGCAUUUAAUUUGAAAGCACUUAGCAUUGAAAGUAUCCUUCUGCUCUGCUCUGUCAGACAUGACAGAUCUAAUUUAUACGUUUUAUCUCCAGUGUCCUUAAUCCAUUUUAACAGUACUGUGUUCUUCUCAUGUGUCUCAUCUGUCCACGCCUUACUUGACAUGAAAUGCAGUAAAACUAAACCUAGACUCCUUGUCAUCGAUUUGUACUUUCCGACAGAUGUUUAUUUUUUCACUGUAAUGUUGAACAGGCAACAUAGUACGUAGUUAGCACUUGAACAAAACAAUUUUUGUUUUGUGUUUUUUAUGUUCCACAUGAUGUUCUCCAUCAUGCAGCUGUGACAGUUGAAAGUAAAGAAGUAUAUGAGGUUUUCAGGAAUUCCAUAUGGUGUCGUGGUUCGUUGUGCCACAUGCACAUUGUUCAAACUUUUUAAAACACACGCCAUUGUGGUCCUUCUCUGCUAAUUGUACCGUGUCCAAGAAGUCACUUGGAUCAGUACUUUCUAAAAGAAUCUAAAAUAUAUUCUUUCACAUUUGUUUCUAUGUAACAGGAGCCAUUGAAUGACCAAAAAAACUGUAACUACAUUUUAUUUCCGGUUUUAACUCAUAUUUGAUGACAAAAACGUCAACUUGACCUGAACCUAAUUUUCAGUGGAAAAAUGUUUUGAAUAAAACUCUCUGUAACAUUACAAUUAAUUUCGUUUGACAAAGAGGGCUUAGCAUUGUGUUAAAGGUGAUGAAAACAAAAUAACUGUAACCAUCUGUUAUGAUUUUAAACAUCAUUAUUUUAAUUGAAACUCCAAUGGCAAUGAACAUUGUUUCGACAAGAUCAAUAAAGUUCCGUAACACAAAAAAA